AUGUGCUCUCUCUCUCUCUCUCGCAGUACCUUCCUUUACAUUCUACUUGUGCUUCUUCUUUUUUCACUUCCAUUCACAAUUACAUCAUCAGCAACAACUGAAGCUGAAGCUCUUGUCAAAUGGAAGAUGAACUUGUCUUCUGCUUCUUUCUUGGAUUCAUGGUCCAUUUUGAAUCUCGAAAACUUGUGCAAUUGGACAUCUAUUGUCUGCAAUGCUGGUGGAACAAUUUCCGAGAUCAAUCUUUCUGAUGCAGGCCUCUCAGGCACUCUUGAUCAGCUUGACUUCACUUCAUUUCUGAGUCUCACAAGUUUUUGUCUCAAUGGCAACAACUUCAGAGGAUCGAUACCAUCAAAUAUUGGCAAUGCUUCUAUGCUCACUUUCUUGGACCUGAGCAACAAUAUCUUGGAGGGUGUCAUACCAGAAGAGAUUGGGAAGUUAACACAACUUGAAUAUCUCAGCUUUUAUCACAACGAAAUCAUUGGUGUUAUUCCCUACCAAAUAAGCAAUCUUCAGAAGGUAUGGCACUUGGAUCUUGGAUCAAAUUUUUUAGAGACUCCUGAUUGGUCCAAAUUGAGGAAUAUGCCUAUGUUGACAUAUUUGAGCUUUGGUUUCAAUCAACUUAGAUUAGAGUUCCCUGAGUUUGUGCUCCAUUGCCAUAAUCUGACUUACCUCGAUUUGUCGAUAAACCAUUUGAAUGGUUCAAUCCCAGAAACACUAUUCACCAACUUGGAUAAGCUUGAACAACUCAAUCUUUCAUCUAAUUCAUUUCAAGGUUCAUUGUCACCAAAUUUUACCAAGUUGACCAAGUUAAAAGAACUUCAGCUUGGUUCCAACAUGUUUUCGGGCUUAAUUCCUGUUGAAAUUUCUCUGAUCAGCAGUCUUGAAGUUGUUGUACUUUUCAAUAAUUCACUUCAAGGAAAGAUUCCAUCUUCUAUAGGUAGACUUAGAAAUCUUCAACAACUUGAUCUUCGAAAGAAUGGUUUGAAUUCAACCAUUCCUUCUGAGCUAGGCCUUUGUACUAACCUCAUUGUCUUGGCUCUAGCAGAGAAUGCCCUGCAAGGAUCAUUGCCUAUAUCCUUGUCCGCGCUGACCAAGAUAUCUGACUUGAGCUUGUCUGAUAAUUUUCUUUCUGGUGAGGUUCAAUCAUAUCUCAUUACCAAUUGGACUGAGCUGGCAUCUUUGCAGCUUCAAUACAAUUCAUUUUCAGGGAAAAUUCCACCUGAAAUCAGCCAGUUGAAAAACCUCGUAUAUCUUUACCUCAAUCGUAACAAUUUCACUGGUUCCAUUCCCUAUCAGAUUGGUAAGUUGCAAAACUUGCUGGAGCUAGAUGUGUCUGACAACCGGCUUUCAGGCACAAUACCUCCAACCAUUGGAAACCUGACCAAUAUAAGGGCAUUGUAUCUUUUUCGGAACAACAUCAGUGGAACCAUUCCUUCUGAGAUUGGCAAAUUGACAUCUCUUCAAACCCUUGACCUCAACACUAACCGGUUUAGUGGUGAGCUGCCCGACAGCAUUUCUAACCUCGGCAGUCUGAAGCUUCUUGAGUUCCUUUCUCUUAGUAACAACCAGUUUUCAGGUGUGAUCCCUUUGUCUAUUUGCAAUUCGACAUCACUACAAACUCUAGUUUUCACAAGAAACAAUUUCAGGGGAGAGAUUCCACAAUGUUUGGGUAAUAUCAGUGGCCUCUCCAUUUUGGAUAUGCGCUACAACAAUCUUUCUGGGAUUCUUCCAACAAGUUUUGAUAUUGGAUGUUCACUUAGAACCUUCAACUUUCAUGGAAAUGAACUACAAGGGAAAAUCCCUCGAUCUUUAGCCAAUUGUAAAGAGCUGCAAAUUCUUGAUUUAGGAGACAAUCACCUCAAUGAUACAUUCCCCAUGUGGUUGGGAACUCUAUCAAUGUUGCAGGUUUUAAGUUUGAGAUUGAAUAAAUUGCAUGGACCCAUUAGAACUUCAAGGAUUGGAAACAUGUUUCCUGGUCUUCGAAUAUUAGAUCUCUCUCGCAAUGCCUUCACAGGAAACUUGCCGACAAGUCUAUUUCAACAUUUGAAAGCCAUGAAGACAACUAAUCAAACAACGAAGGCACCAAUUGAAGGAAGCAACUAUUACCAAGACUCGGUAGUUGUUGUAAUGAAGGGACACAUCUUUGAAGUUGUGAGAAUCUUGUAUUUAUACACGAGUAUGGAUCUUUCAAGUAACAAAUUUGAAGGACUUAUUCCAAGUAUUAUGGGAGAUCUCAUUGCACUUCGGGUGUUGAAUUUGUCUAACAAUGGGUUGCAAGGUCAUAUACCGCCAUCACUUGGAAAUUUAGCGGUAGUAGAAUCAUUUGACCUUUCAUUCAACCACCUUUCUGGAGAGAUACCGGAACAACUUGCUUCUAUAACAAGUCUUGCAGUGUUAAAUCUCUCCUACAAUCAUCUUGAAGGAUGCAUUCCUCAAGGACCUCAAUUUGCUACAUUUCAGAACAAUUCAUAUGAAGGUAAUGAUGGAUUACAUGGAUUUCCAGUUUCAAAAGGUUGUGGUAAUGAUCAGGUAUCAGAGACAAAUUAUACCAUAUCUGCACUAGACGAACAAGAAAGCAAUUCGGAUUUUCUGAAUGAUUUUUGGAAAGCUGCCCUUAUGGGCUAUGGAAGUGGACUAUGUAUUGGAUUAUCCAUAAUAUAUUUCAUGAUCUCAACUUGAACUCCAAAAUGGCUAGCAAGAAUCAUGGAAGAGUUGGAACACAAUUAUUAUGCAAAGUAGAAAGAAGCAACGAGGUAAAAGGCAUUACAGAAUAAGAAAAUAAUUGCUUCUAGACAAGUUACCAAC